AUGUUGAACUCUCGACGUCAGGUGAUUCAGCACGCCAAUGGACAGACCACUGCGUAUAUUUAUGACUCAUUUACCGAUCCUUGGAGGCCACGAGAGACCAUCCUCAUCCAACACGGAUUCGCACGGACAGCCGAGCACUUUUACCACUGGGUGCCAGCCCUUUCACGCCAUUACAACAUUAUUCGACGAGAGCUUAGAGGCCACGGGGGCUCAAGCUACCCAAAAGGCAAUGAGCGAUCUGACUAUCAGUAUUCUGUCAACACGAUUAUGGACGAGAUCAAGGACACACUCGAUCAGAUAGGUAUUGAGAAAGUCCAUUUUAUAGGAGAAUCGACCAGUGGGAUGCUGGCAGAGAUCUUUGCCGCGACGUACCCUGAGCGAGUCAGCUCUGUCGUAGUGUGCUCGUCACCUACAUCCUUGCCACCAGAGGCGCAAAAGUUCUUGGCCUUUGGGAUGGAGUCCUGGCCAGAAGCAUGCCGUCAGCUGGGAUCGCGAGGAUGGGCGACACGUCUGACGGCAACUAGUGGGACAGUAGGUAGCAGUGAUGCAGCGUACCUCGAGUGGUGGACUGACAGGGUCGCUGUCAGCGAUGGCGAAGGCCUUGCUGGCUAUGCCGAGUUCUUGAGUAGCCUUGAUGCUUGGCCAUAUCUCAAGCGCAUUGAGGCACCCAUGCUGGUUCUGGCUCCAACUAAAAGCGCUCUGGUAACAGUCAAGUCGAUGGAGGAUCUCGUUGCUGAGGUGCCGAAUGCUAGAUUGGAAGUGGUGGAAUCUGAAGGUCAUGAGAUUUAUGCUGAGGCUGAGGAACAAUGCUUGAGUAAAAUCAUUAGUUUCCUGGAAGGUAUCGAAGGAUUAUAA